UGGUUUUUUAAACUUUUUUAACUUUUACAUUUUUCAAUUUUACUUUUCUAAAAGUUUCAUAAUUACAAUUUUACCUUUUCCCUUCUUCCUUGCACACGUACACGCACGCCACCUCAUAACUCCUUUCUUUUUUUUUUUUUUUGAAUUUUUCAUUUAUCUGAUUCUUCCACUCUUCAAACCGAGCUUCCCACGAUCACCAUUAUCAAGCCCUAACCCAUUUCUUCUUCCCACGAUCACCUUCUCCAAGCCCUCACCCACGAUUUCCUCAACCUACAUUGUCAUCCUCCACUAUAUUUUUUCUAUAUAAAUGGCAACCACUAGAAGUGGUUCGAAAUCACCAUCUCCGGCGAAGAAACUUUCUAAAAAAUCGAAGAAGCCUCCAACUGUUACUUCUAAAGUCGAACCUAAGAUGGGGUUAAAAAAAAUUGCUAAAAAUGUAGUGGGUGAUGUUCCAGAGACAUCGGGCACUAAGAAAAGAGCCCUUCCAGUUAAGCCCGAUGCUCAUAAGCCUAAGAGAGCAAAAAUUUCCAAGUCUGCACGCGAUGUAAGUUUCUCUUUGUUGUGUUUAAAUUUUUCUUUAGUUUUUUUCUGGUUGUUUUAUUUGUGGUGUUUCAUUUGAUGGUUUAAAGUUUUCCCCAUUUUUUGUUCUAGGUUUCCUCAGAUUCUGAUUUUGAGGAUGAAGUGCAUGUUGAGGACCAAAAGCCUAAAGUUGAAUCGAAGGUCCAUGCUAGGACCUCAGUGAAGGUUGAAGGCUUUGACCUACCAAAGAAAAAUCCCCCUAAGGAAUGGGAUUAUAUUUAUGACCAGAAGAAUUUAUUCAUUGCCAAAGCCUUUUCCACUGCUACUUUCCAGGUGAUAGAGAACAUUAAGUCUUGUCUUUCAGAUGUACAGCUUGAAAUGUUUUCCAAAACCUGUUUUGGUCAUUUCCUUAACCUUCCUGAUUUUAAAGUUCAACCCCAAGUGUUUCAUGGGUUGUUGCUCCGGGAGGUUCAGCAACCUAAUGAUGCUGAGUUGUGGGUAAUGAUACGCGGUGUUAGGCUUAGGUUUAGCAUUGAGGAGUUUGCAUUGAUUACUGGGUUAGACUGCGAAGGUGACUGUAGUGUUUUAGAUUUUAAGCAAGAGGUUAAUAGUCUUUGUGAAAAAUAUUGGCCAACUUCGUCCUCUAUCACUAAGGAAUCUGUUAGGGAAUGUUUUACCACCAAGAGGUGGGGUGAUUCUGAUGAGGAUGCUGUGAAGUUGGCAGUGUUGUAUUUUGUGGAGUGGUUCUUGCUUAGUGGCACUAAGCAUAAAAAUGUACCCAAGUCUAUUUUAGAUGUUGUAGAUAGUGGGAGGUACAAUGAAUUUGCUUGGGGCCGGAGUUCUUUUGAAUUGACUAUUUCCUCAUUGAAGGGUAAGCUUGAUAGUUGGGUUGAGGGUGUUAGGAAGGCAAGGAGUUCGGGAAAGAGGCCGAGUGUUUUUUACACUUUGAUUGGUUGUCCUCAUGUUCUUCAAGUUUGGUUUUACGAGUGUUGUAAGUACAUGAAAGGUAAGUACUGCCAAAAGGAGAACUCUCGUAUUCCAAGGAUCACUCAGUGGACAUGCAAUAGUCAGCCUACUUUCAAAGUUUUGAAGACUACUAUUUUUGAUGUUUCCAAAGAUAAGGUAUAUCUGUUUGUUGUAAUUUGGUUUUUCAGUAGUUGUUUUUAUGUUGUUUUUCAUUAUUAAUAAUCUUCACAAUUGAAAUUUUUAUUUUGUUGUUUUUUGAUCAGCUGCAACUUUCAAAUAUGAGGCCCACGGCUGGUGAGUUCAAAGCUUUGAAACUGAGCAGUUUCAAGUUUGACACUGACUACAACUCUUACAAGAGUCUUCCUGUUCUCGAAGAGCCAACUGUUGCUCAGAGUGACAUUUCUGUCAAGCUUGAUGCUUUUUCUGAGAAAUUUCAUGGGUUGGAGGUCAAGAUCGAUUUGUUGCAUACUUCCCAACAGAAGAUUUCAUCUGAAUUGGUUGAGUUGAAAGAGUUUGUGUCUGCACAGUUUGUUUCUUUUGGUGCUCAGAUGGCUUCAAUGCAGACACAGUUUUCUACUGUUUUUGUCGAUUCCUAUGCCAAGGUAUUUUAGUUUUUCAAUAGUUGUUUUUCGGUUUUUUUAAGUUGUUUUAUACUAAUUUAAUUUGUAAUUUCAAUAUAGGACAAAGGCAGUGACUCUACCAAUGAUGAUGAUGGAAGUGGUGAUGAAACAGAUUUUGAUUUAAAUGAAUCUGAAGAAACUGAUGAAAAUGAAGAAGAGAAUGUAAUGGGUGAUGAAGAAGGGGAGGGUAGUGAAGGUGAAGAGAAGGAUGGUCAAGCUGAUGAAGAUUCUGACUCAAAAGAAAAAAAAUGAUAAGGGCAGUGAUGAUGAAUCCACUGAUAGUGAGGAGAAGGUAGAUAAGUAGACAAUGUAACUAGGUUUUAGUUACUUUGUGUGGUUUAUUUUGUUGUAAGUCCGUUUUAGGUUGUGGUCUUGUAAUUCUAUGUUCUUGUUAUGUUUUUUUUUUUUUUAAGAAAUUUGCAACUAUUUUUCAGACUAUUUAUUUGUAUUUAUUAUGUUAUUUAUAUGGCUGUGUUUAUAGAUUAUGUUGCUCG